CGGACGCCCCAGCGCCAGUUGCGGGGUCUGGGGCAGGGCCCGUCCCUAGGGAUAUCAUAUGGCCGGACGAAAGCCCGGACCGCAUAUAACUAUAAGACCGUCCGCCUCUGCUCUUUUCACCAUAAUCAUACCGCCAUGUCCGACAACCCCUCAUUCGUCCUCACCGGUGUCGAGAACACCAAGUUCGAGCAGCGAGCCGUCCCGAAGGCGGGUCCUGGAGAGGUCAUUGUCGCGAUCAAGAAGACAGGUAUUUGUGGGUCCGAUGCACACUAUCUGACCCAUGGACGCAUCGGGGACUUCGUCGUGACAGGACCGAUGGUCCUCGGACAUGAAUCCUCUGGUGUCAUCCACGAAGUUGGACCCAAGGUCACCAACGUAAAGCCAGGCGACCGCGUUGCCGUCGAGCCCGGCGCAACUUGCGGUAGCUGCGAUGCUUGCAAGUCCGGCCACUACAACCUCUGCCCCGACGUCGUCUUCGCCGCUACCCCACCCUACGAUGGCACCCUCGCACGCUACUACCAGGUCCCCUCCCACCUCGUCUACAAGCUUCCCGACAACAUGUCCCUCGAGGACGGCGCCCUCAUCGAGCCCCUCUCCGUCGGCGUGCACUCCGUAGCGAAGCUCGGCCAAUUCCAAGCCUCCCAAUCCGUCGUCGUCUUCGGCUGCGGCCCCGUUGGCCUCCUCUGCAUGGCUACCGCGAAAGCGAUCGGCGCCUCCCGCAUCAUCGGCGUUGACAUCGUGCCCGAGCGCCUCGAGUUCGCGAAGAAGUACGCCGCGACGGAUGUGUACCUUCCAGGCAAGCCCAAGGAGGGCGAGAGCCAGGUCGAGUACUCGAAGCGGAACGCGCAGGAGAUGAUGCAGAAGCUUGGGAUCACGGACCGCGGCGAGAGCGCCAUCGAUCUCGUUAUCGAGGCGAGCGGUGCACCACCGUCCAUCCAGACCGGUAUCUAUGUGACGAAGACGGGCGGCACGUUUGUACAAGUAGGCAUGGGUACGCCCAAUGUCACGGUUGACAUCGGUGCCAUCGGCGCGAAAGAGCUGACCCUCAAGGGCUCGUUCCGUUACGGCCCUGGCGCGUACAAACUCGGUAUCGCCUUCGUCCGCGACGGCAAGAUUGACCUCAAGCCGCUCGUCUCCCAUCGGUUCCCCUUCGACAAGGCCGCAGAGGCCUUCGAGGUUAACCGCAAGGGCAAGGGUCCCGACGGCAAGAGCGUCAUUAAGGUCAUGAUCUCUGGCCCCGACGUGCCCGCCGAGCCCCUGUAAAAGUGCAAAGAAACUGAAGCCGGUAAUGUCAUGAUCUAUGUAGAUCAGCGGACGGUUGGAUGAAGUAGUGUAGUUUCGAGUUGUGUUGUAUCUUUGAAUGCGAACAUGUACUAUCUGGAUUCUGGGAGUGUUGUGUUGCACUGCCAAAGAACAAGGG